GCUCUAAUUUAGGGGGAUAGGAUUGGGAAUGCCCGUUAGAUGUGGCUUGCCGAUAAUAGCGCACAUCAGCCACGGCGCUGCAAAUGAGAGCACAGGCAGAGAGCAGGGGACUGAGUGCAGAAUGAUACCAUAGAGCACACAGAGAGAGAGAGAAGGAGUGGGAGAGAGUGUAUUGUCAGCACGUUGGAGAGCGCAAAGCACAGAGGACUGAGAGAGUGCAGGAAAGGAGGAGGAGAAGCGGAGAGAGGGAAAAAAAGAUAGAGGAUUGUGUUUUUGCAGGGGGGUAAAAGUUCCCACCGCUCCAGGCAGAAAGCAGUCCUGAGGUCAGCAGCAGGGAGAAGUGAACCAGGUGGAAGAAGUGGAGCAGCUGACAGCAGGAGAGAAAGAGUCACAGGGGGUCUGCUCCCACGGCAAACAUCACAGCAGUGUGGAGAGCACAGGAGAUCCAGGGGACACUAUUGAAACUUACCGACUCAAGGACGUAGUCUGCCGUCACUUGUCAGGGUAAUAAUGGUUCUCACUGGACUAGGGCUUCUCUGCAUGGCUAACUCAAGAGCAUGAGAGCAGAUACUGGGCACUGGGCAGAAGACGCGUAGAGCUGGGGAUAGCGCCUGUGUCGUUCCUUCCUCUCACUUACCUGUGUUGGGGAGAUAGAAAGAUUCUGAUAUAGAAACAUUCCGAUUUUCUGGCCUUGAAGAGAAUCAGUACAGAGCAGGGAGGGAGAGAGGAGCCUGUUAGAGGGGAAGAGUUCUGUUCUCUCAUCUCUGAGACAUGGUAGAGUGUGUAACAGUAGCGAGCCCCUCAGCAGCAGCAACGUCAGCCCCAGAGCAUGGAGAAGUCCAGCAGUGAGGAGUCAGCCAUUCACCGCAGCCCGUCCGUGGAUAGCCGCGACUCCGACUUUGCCCGCGCCUCUACGUCCGGCCGCCCAUUCGGUGGCCGCGGCUUCACCGCCGGCGCGUUCUACGGCUCCACGGGGCCACGUGGCGCCUCCGCCGCACAGGGGCAGGCUGGGACAGCGGCCGAUGCCAGCGUCAACGUCGGAGGAGACAAGAGCAGCAAUAACAAGUACACGGCGCCCAAAGGCAGCAAAUACGUGGUCUUUUACCUGGAUCUAUCCUUUGUGUUCCUUUUAGAAUUCAAGAAGUGCAACAUGGCACGGGGCUGUCUCUGCUGUUUGAAGUACACCAUGUUCCUCUUCAACCUCAUCUUCUGGUUGUGUGGCUGUGGGCUGCUCGGCGUGGGCAUCUGGCUGUCUGUGUCCCAGGGCAGCUUUGCCACCUUCUCGCCCUCCUUCCCGUCGCUCUCCGCUGCCAACUUGGUCAUCGCCAUCGGCGCCAUCGUCAUGGUGACCGGCUUCCUGGGCUGCCUGGGAGCCAUCAAGGAGAACAAGUGCCUGCUUCUGAGCUUCUUCAUUGUCUUGCUGAUAAUCCUGCUGGCAGAGCUCAUACUACUCAUCCUGUUCUUUGUGUAUUCAGAUAAGGUCAGCGAGAAUGCCAAGCAGGACCUGAAGGAUGGCUUGUCUCUGUACAACACAGACAACAAUGUAGGCCUCAGGAAUGCAUGGAACAUCAUCCAAGCAGAGUGGAAGUGCUGUGGGGUGGUAGGGUACACAGAUUGGCACGAGGCCCUCAAGGAGAAGGUGGUGCCCGACCGCUGCUGCCAGGAGCACUACCAGGAGUGCGGACGCAACUCCACCAACAUGUUCUGGACACGGGGCUGCUAUGAGAAGGUGGAGGAGUGGCUCGAUGACAACAAGCAUCUCAUGGGAACCAUUGGCAUGUGCAUCUUGGUAGUGCAGCUCCUGGGAAUGGCGUUCUCCAUGACACUGUUCCACCAAAUCCACAGAACAGGGAAGAAGUAUGACGCUUAGCGUGGGACAGACAGCACACAGGGAAAGGAGCCCCAUGUACUGCCUGAUGGGAUAGACUCUGGAUGACCCCCCCCCCCAUACCUCCUGUAUCACAAAGCCUCCUACUCCCCACUCUUCCCAGAAACCCUGUACAGACUGCAGCUGUGUCACCCUUGUCCUCUUCUCUGUCCACUCCACCAUUCAUUUGCCAAAGAUAAAUGGGACUGGAAGAUGUCUUAUGUCGUCUCUCUCCUGUUCAGAAGUAAAUAUAAAUGAUUUGGGCGCUUGGACUAAUAGUUUUGCAGGAAGCUUUACUAAUGCUCACAUCCCCCCUGCAAGACGAAGAAAGCGGUGAAAAGAAAAAUUAGAUUGUAGUCUCCAGGUUUUCAUGGAUUUUGUCGUGUUGAUGGUUCAUGUUAACUUCUUCUUUCCCUUGUAAAUGAUGAAAGGCUCCGACAUGGUAUGCUAGUUUUCUACUCCCCGGAACCCUUUUUCAUUGAAAAUGUCAGACAAAAUUUUUUCCCCAAUACAGUAUGAUUUUUUUCUUCUAAAUGUGUCCUUUAUGCUCCUAUGAAAUGGAGUGCUUGAAAUGCUAAGUCAAGACUCUCAAACCCUGUUCCUGGAGAGCUACCAUCCUGUAGGUUUUCACUCCAACCCUGUUCCUGGAGAGCUACCGCCCUGUAGGUUGUCACUCCAACCCAUGUUCCUGGAGAGAUACCAUCCUGUAGGUUGUCACUCCAACCAUCAUCUAGUGCACCUGAUUCUAAUAAUUAGCUGGUUUAUAAAUUUAAUCAGCUUAGUUACAACUGGGGUUGGAACAAAAACCUACAGGAGGGUAACUCUCCGGAAACAGGGUUGGAGAGCCCUUUGCUAAGUGCUAUCCGUUAUCAGAGGUGUGGAAUGGAUGAGAUGCACAGGAGGCUGCUGAGGGGAGGACGGCUCAUAAUAAUGGAUGGAAUGGAGUGAAUGGAAUGGUAUCAAACGAAUGGAAACUAUGUGUUUGAUGUUUUCGAUGCCAUGCUAUUUAAUCCGUUCCAGACAUUACGGCCGCCUGUGAUGAGAUGUGAUGAUUUGCUGUGGAUCAGGGAUGGGCAACUCCAGUCCUAGGGGAGUGAACUGGUGUCACACUUUUCUCCUAGCCCUAUAAAUAACACACCUGAUUAGACUAAUUGCAUUAAUCUAAACUGAAGACUAUGGGCGCCUUCCUCUGCCCAGGCGUUGCUGACGCAUGCCAGAUAUUACAAUGCCUGGAUAGGUAUUUUACGUAUCAGCUAACCACAUCAUAUGAUAAAACAAUCUGUCAGUUGAUGACACAGUCAAUGACGUGGCACGUAAUGUCUGAGCAGGUAGCACACGACCCAUGAUCAGUUGAUUAUUGGAGUCUGGUGUUAGCAGUGGCUGGGGAAAACAUGUGUCACCAACCAGGCCCCCGAGGACUGGAGUUGCCCAUCCUUGCUGUGGAUGGUCAGGGGUUGGGAUGGGUCAUAGGUCAAGGUUAUAAUGCCAUGAGCCCUAAGUGGGUGGUGCCCUGGAUUCAGAGAGGUUUUUCCUGUGAUGGAAACAAUUACACUUCAGAGGAAUCAAGUUAAGAGUGCAGGGCUCUCCAACCCUGUUCCUGGAGAGCUACCAUGUAGGUUUUCGCUCCAACCCUGUUCCUGGAGAGCUACCCUGUAGGUUUUCGCCCAAACCCUGUUCCUGGAGAGCUACCCUGUAGGUUUUCGCUCCAACCCUGUUCCUGGAGAGCUACUCUGUAGGUUUUCGCUCCAACCCUGUUCCUGGAGAGCUACCCUGUAGGUUCUCUCCCCAACCCUGUUCCUGGAGAGCUACCCUGUAGGUUUUUAUCUCCAACCCUGUUCCUGGAGAGCUACCCUGUAGGUUUUCGCUCCAACCCUGUUCCUGGAGAGCUACCCUGUAGGUUUUCGCUCCAACCCCAGUUGUAACUGACCUAAUUCAGUUUAUCAACCAGCUAAUUAUUAGAAUCACUAGAUUAAGGUUGGAGCGAAAACCUACAGGAUGGAAGCUCUCCAGGAAUGCCUGAACUCUUUAGUUUUUAUUCCCUCUCUUUCUCCAUCGCAUCCUUUCGCUCUCUCUCUUACUUUUUUCAGAACGGCAGGGGGGAGCGACAAGCUCUUCACAGUACACAUUUUCACUGACAUUCCUGCUAGACUAAGUGAUGAUGUGUCUACACCUGUAGUCUGGAUGCUGCUGCUGUAGUUUUCAAAGCGCCUCCCCUGCGUCAGUCAGUCACAGAGUGGGUGGAAGGGAGGGAGUCUGAUCAAAAGGCGAGGCUGUGGUUCGGAUAUGGCAACGCGCCCUGUAGGACAAGUCGUUUUACUAGCGCUACAACGGUGGCCUAUGUGCGGUUCAACAGCAGGAGUCCUGUUUAGUACAAGAACAAGGGUAGGUUUCAGGGUACGUAGAUAACUACACUCUAAACUGCUUUGGAGGGCUUUACCAACAGGGUCAUGUUCAUUAGGCACUAAAUGGAACAAAAUGGACUGAAACAGUUUAGGACUACCUGGACUUACGAUAAGAAAGUCAUUUUUGUAGCAUAAACAUUUUCCUUUGCAUGCCCUAAUGAACAUGGCCCCGUUUUCCUUUAACAUGUCAACAUGCAGAAGUAGAGGGAACUUAAAGAAGCAUUCACCUGCAACCUUCUGCUUGUAGUAAUCAAUUCAUUGACUUAUCGUUAACAUGAAGGAGGGGAGGUUGGCUGAACUGACUGGAUGUUUACUGUACUUUGGGGAAUUUGGUUAGAAGUUAGAUAAUCGGGACCAGAAGUGUCUCAGUUCUAAAAUCUCAUCCUAUAGUUGCAGGAAGGUUAGAGGCUAGGAUGCUGCUUGGGAUAAGAGGUGUAAGAACUCUGACAUUGCUGCUACAUGCGGAGGUCGUGUGAAGGAUAGAGGAGGCGGACAGGAGGUAAAGGACAUUUUGCCAAACGCAGCUAACUCGGAGACACUGCGGCCUAGCCUUCACACUCUGUCUGCAUUAAGGAUCAUCUUCAGGACCAUCUAAGGUCAUUCAUUAAAUAUUAAUUUGAACAUAUUGGGAUGUACAAUACUCUACAUAGUGGUAGAUUGCAGCAGAUGUGGGUUUUGUGCAUGGCUGUGUCACAGGCUCAGAUAGUUGUUGUUGACCUUUCUGUCUCUGAUUCACUGGAUGCCCCCAUCAUAAUCCAUGUUUUACAACCACAGGAAAAACAUGACAGCUGCUGAUGUAAAGCACUGGCAUGAGCGCUUCACAUCCUCUGCCUGGAUGCAUCCACAAACAUUCGGCACAAUUUAUCGCUCCAGCAAAUGCUGCGAGGUACAUGCCAGGGUUGACAUUUGUAGAGAUGUGACAGUUGUCGUCGGUCACGUAAGAACAGGUUUGUACCUUGUGUACCUACAUCCUUGUACCCUCUGCCACUUUGCUUGCUCCCAGAAGUAAUACUGCAUCUGAUAAUCAUAGAAUCAUAGACUAAAGAGCACAUUCAUCUCAACUGAUCAGAUCUGCGAUCAUUAUUGUAUUGUGAAAGUCUGACAUUGCGACAUUGUGUGAAGUGAUUUGGGGUGGAAGGGUUAGAUGUUGAAUGAAAUGCAGGAUAGCCACUUCAGCAUGAAGAUAGAUAUACAUGAUAAAAAUCCUGAUACAAAACUGGCUUUACACAGUCCAUAUGUCAGACUUCGUUCAAGAAUCAUUUCAAAAUCCCAAACAGUUUUUCCCGUUGUCAUUCACGUAACGUGUAACUGUCACUGCCAUCUCUGAAAUGUCGGUUUUCUACCAUUGACAUUUUUCUGUUCUUCGGAAAGGAUUUCAUUCAAGUCUUUGCUUCCCGCAUUCUCCCACCGUCAAGUGGUUUUUCAGUGUUUUAUCAAACAAAUGUUGUUUGUUCAUGUUCAUAGAGGAGAAGUUUAUCACUUUAACACAAGUGUUUUAUGAUGUUUUGUUGUUGUACAUUAGCUGUUUUUGUCUCUUGUUUUUAUACGAUCUGCUCUUUUACUAGGUUCUACUUGGCUUUGUUGUGUCUGACGUUCACCGUCUGUCAUCCGGAGAACAUUAGUAUUAUAUCCUUGGGAUUAUAGACAGAUAGUUAGACGGGGGAAUUGAAGACAAACAGGAACGGAACGUUAUUCCUUUUUAAGGUGCAACCUUAACCACCUUCCUGUCUUAACUUCGCCGCAGGCAUUUAUUCCAGUCCUGUUUUGAGGGAGGAACAUGCAGUCUGAGUAGGAGGAUCAAUACAUACUGCAUGUUUGCAGUUUUGUUUCUCUAUACGAAGAGCUGGAUCCAAUCUGCAUCGUAAAAGUAUUGCAGAAAAUCCGAGUUAUAGGUCGAUUUAAAUUUAAAGUCAAUAUUCCCGCAUUCACAGAGACUGCAUAUGUCGGCUCAAUCUGAAAUGACCGUAAAAAUGUCAUCCAUUUUGUGUACAUUAGGAUGUUCUAUUCUAUUAUCUGCGGUAUGUCUUUAACCAUGCCUGUACCGUUCUUGUAAAUGCCUGCCCAACUCUGCCCUAUGGAGUGUGUUAAAUCUCAGAUGACACUGACUGAGCAACAUAAUUCCUCUUUCUGCAUUACUCUUAUUCUAGUCCUGGGAGUAAAUAUUCUAAUUUCACAACUGAUCAACUGUUCUUGUUGCACAUCUGCAAUAGGAAGGACCCCAUUAACCUAAUGCCCAUUGGCAUCUUCUGAUAUUGACAGAAGAUGAUAUUAACACCCACGCUCUCUCUGACUGUUUAUUUAUGGAAGUCAUUUUCUCAGCUGUACGGGCGUUAACUAAUUUCCUACCCAUUAAUUCAUGUUGUUCAUCUUUUAUUUGUUUGAUAGAUUGUUUGCAUUUGUACUUUUUAAUUCAGGAGCAUUGUAAACAAAAUGUUAAUGUGUUUUUUGGGGUUAGUACUGUAUUGCUAGUUUAAUUUACAGUAUUGCAGCUUGUAGUGAGAAAUAGGAUGCAUUUCAUUCGUGGAUUUGGAAUGAGCAUUAAGUAUUUUUUCCCUCUCUUCACAUGGAAACACUGCCACAGACUGGAGAUGGAAAGGGAAGAAUGGUUAUUGGGGGUUUUGUCUGCUAUUGAAGCAGCUCAUUUCUACCACCUUUGACAUAUUUUUAUAAUCUCUUCACUAAUCCCUCACAACUAAAGCUGACUAUCUGAGCUGUUCUGAAAUGUAAGCUCUUGAAUGGUGUGUUUGAUGUAGUGUCAUGGCAAACCGCAGUAUUAUCUGCUUUCUGUCAGCCUUGUCCUGUGGAUUUUUUUUUUUUGCUACAUGUAAAAGAACUCUGAAUAUCUAUAUUAGGUGGUGCACUACAUUUCAUUCUUUAAAUCCUAAUAUUUUUUAAAUAAAGGAAAGUGUGUCGCAAAAUCCCACUAUACCCUGUACGCUCAUUUGCCUUUCAUGUUUGAAGACUGACGUUAUUGUGUUUCUUUCCUGGCACCGUUAAGUAUCGUUUUUAAAGUAGGGUUUGAUUCGGAAUAAUUUAUACUAUUUUGGUAUAUUGAACGGAGUGAAUCAGUGAGUGAGCAGUCAGAAGUUAGGCUACAUCAAGGGAAACCAUGAACAGCAUCUUCCCUUAAAAUACAUGCUCAUUUAAAGAUAAUGAAACCGAAGGGGCAGCUACUGCAGACAGUGUGACGAACUAAUCACAAUAGAAACUCAAAUGACAGUUGUCAGUUUUUAAGUUUUAUUGGUCGUAUGUACGGGAUACGCUUGGUAUACACUGUCCAGUGAAACGCUUACUUGCAGGUUCCUUCUCAACAACGCAACAGUAAGAAAUAAUAAAAGAUGAGAAUAUGAACAUAAAGUAAAUUACAGUAGAAUAGAAUAAACAUUUUAGCAUAAGUAUAAUACAGGAAGGCCCAGUUUAUAGUCCAACAUUUACAUGUGUAUUGGUGAAGGGGGAAUGGGGGGGGAAGUGUAUACAUUGAGCAGUAUAAUAAUAGUCUGAGCCAUACAUAGAUAUAUCUCUAUAUACUGUAUCUCACUAUAUCUAUGGCUCUGAUUUUCUUCGAGUUGGUUUCUACAGAUGUGUCCUAUAAAAUUGGCAAUUUUAUCUAGUAUUUUUACUGUUUGUGAGCACAAGAGUAUUUUUCUACUGAGCUUCACCCCGAGUUAGGCGUAGAUUCAAUCCAUAGCAUUGAAGAUCCACGCUACAGCGCGAUUAAAAUGUAAAGGCAAUGCUCCCACGUCACAGUAAACGCAGUAUAUGUCGGCUCAAUAGGAAAUUACCUUAAAAUGUUCAUCUCGGAAGAGCACGGAUCAUUAGCGCUACAGAUUGAAUCUAGGCCUUUAAUCUGUUCUCCUUCUCUCCUUCCUGUUUGGUAGUGAGUAGAGUUUACUGUGCCAUUCCAUUCUGGCUUUCUUUAAUCUCACUGUUCCUUCUAUGCAAAAGAAUACCUAUUUUAGCCUUUGUACAGACCAUUUUGUAUUAGUAAUAUGUACUGAAAUAAAGUCAUUAGUGGUGAA